AAUGAAAAUUUAUAAGGAGGAGGUCUUUUCCGUUUCGUUUGAGGUCCAAAGCCGAAACGGUUGAGGAUCUUUGUUUCAGUGUUGAGUGAGCUGAGAAGUGAAGUUAGUAAUGGAGAGCAGCGAGGAAGAAGAUGAUUUCCCUUCCAUUGAGAGCAUCAUCCCCCAAUCCAAGGUCGAUUCUCUUUAUCAGUCUCACACCGAAAAGGGGAUUCGAAAACUUUGCUGUGAGCUCUUAGAUUUGAAGGAUGCUGUGGAGAACUUAUGUGGCAAUAUGCACUCCAAGUUCUUGGCUUUCUUAAGGAUAUCUGAGGAGGCUGUAGAAGUGAAGCAUGAAUUGAUUGAGCUGCAAAAGCAUACUGAAAUAUCUGAAAUUAUUAAGCCGUUACCAUGCGAGGGAACUGACCGGAAAACAACAUUCUUAGAAAACCUUGAUGUUCUUCUGGCCGAGCAUAAGUUUGAAGAAGCGUUGGAUGCGUUAGAUGCCGAAGAAAGAAAUUCUGCAGAUCUGAAAGGCUCAGGGAAUAGCUCACUGGAUGAAAUUUCCUCGUGCAAGUCUGAUUUAUUGGAAAGAAAGGCAAUGCUUGAAGAACAGCUUAUUGGAAUCACUGAACAACCUUCAGUUAGUUUCCCUGAGCUGAAGAAGGCCUUAAAUGGUUUAAUAAAACUUGGAAAAGGUCCUACUGCACAUCAACAACUGCUGAAUUUUUUUGGGGCUCACCUCCAAAAGAGAAUCGAAGCUUUGCUUCCGUCAAGUUCUCUGUGUCCUGCAACAUUUCCUUCUACAUUAUCUAAGGUUGUAUUUUCUGUAGUUUCCCUGGCAACAAAGGAAUCUGCUUUGAUUUUUGGAGAUAAUCCUGUUUAUACCAACAGAAUUGUUCAGUGGGCAGAGUGGGAAAUUGAAUAUUUUGUACGAUUGGUGAAAGAGAAUGCACCAUCUGCGGAUACUGUUUAUGCCUUACGUGCUGUUAGCAUAUGUAUACAGGCUAGUCUAAACUACUGCUCAAUCUUGGAGUCACUAGGAUUGAAAAUGUCUAAAUUGCUGUUGGUACUACUUCGUCCUUCUUUUGAAGAAGUUUUAGAAUCAAACUUUAGACGCGCUAGAAGACUAGUUCUUGACAUGGCUGAAUCUACGGAAUGCUUCCCAUUGUCGCCACAAUUUGCAUCUUCACUUUCUGCUAUAGCAACAUCAUCUAGUAGCAUGCUUGUUGAGAGUGGAAUGCGUUUUAUGCGCAUUGUUGAAGAGAUAUUGGAACAGCUAACACCAAUGGCUAGUUUGCACUUUGGAGCAAAUGUACUUAGCAGAAUUUUACAACUAUUUGAUAAAUACAUGGAUGCUCUUAUCAAAGCUUUGCCUGGUCCAUCUGACGAUGACAAUCUUCCUGAGCUGAAAGAGGCUGUGCCUUUCAGAGCUGAGACAGACUCUGAACAACUUGCAAUAUUAGGGGUAGCGUUUAUCAUAUUGGAUGAACUGUUACCAAAUGCUGUAUUGUCAACAUGGAUGCGGAAAAGUGAUAGUAAGGAAUCAAACAGUGAACCUUCAGAGAAUGUCGUGCUCAACACAAAUACUAGUGUGGAAUUAAAGGAGUGGAAGAAACAUCUUCAGCAUUCUUUUGACAAGCUUCGAGAUCACUUCUGUCGACAAUACGUUUUGACUUUCAUCUAUUCAAGAGAGGGAAAAACACGGUUGAAUGCACAUAUUUACUUGAGUGAUAACAGAGAUGAUCUUUACGAUUCUGGCCCAUUGCCUUCACUUCCAUUUCAGGCAUUGUUUGCAAAGCUGCAGCAAUUAGCAACUGUGGCUGGAGAUGUAUUGCUUGGGAAAGAGAAAAUACAGAAAAUUUUGCUUGCUAGGUUGACCGAGACUGUUGUUAUGUGGUUGUCUGAUGAGCAAGAGUUCUGGGGUGUAUUAGAAGAUAAUUCAGCUCCCUUGCAACCACUUGGUUUGCAGCAGUUAAUUCUUGAUAUGCACUUUACUGUUGAAAUUGCCCGCUUCGCCGGAUAUCCAUCUCGACAUGUCCAUCAGAUAGCUUCAGCUAUUAUGACUCGUGCCAUCACAACCUUCUCAGCUCGGGGUAUUCAGCCACAAAGAAGUGCUCUUCCUGAGGAUGAAUGGUUUGUCGAAACUGCAAAGUCCGCAAUAAACAAGCUCUUGCUUGGGGUAUCGGAAUCAGAGGCGUCUGAUAUUGAUGAUGAAGAUCACAUCAUUGUUCAUGAAGUUGUCUCAGAUUCAGAUACUGUUUCGUCGCUUUCUACAAUGGAAUCUACAGAGUCUUUUGCUUCUGCUUCUGCUAGCAUGGCAGAACUUGACAGCCCCUCUAACUUGUCAGAUCAAGAUAACUGAAUUUUUCAGGUAGGCAUGAAAUUUUGAGAAACAUGUACUUGGCCCUACUUAUCCAUUUGCAGUUUCAAAAUUGUAGCUUAUGGUGUUAACCGGUAGAAACCAUCAAUUGUGUUGUAAGAGAGUUAGGCAUGCUCAAAAACCUGCAUCACUAACUAUAUCUAUCUGUAUAUUUUUGAAAAGGUGAAUUGGGUUGUGGGAGUAAGGGAGGUACUCCACUAUUUUCUUAGAAAUAUCUCCAAUUAUCCAUCACAAACACAGGUUUAAAGCAACCCGACCAUAGUAUUAGUGACAGAUAAGAAGAGGAAGAUAUAGUUAUAAUAAUUUUCAUUUGCAAGUA